GCAAGGCAUCUGAUUUGUCUCUUCCUUUUUCUGUGAAAUGAAUAAUGUUCAUUGGAAGGCUGCUUUGCUUUGUAAGCUAAAUAUAUGGAACAAAAAGCAACGAGUUUCAGUCAGAACUCUGAUUCACUGAAACCAGAGACAAAUAUGAACAGCUCCUCUGUCCAUAUUGACAAUGACACGGCACUGGAAGACUGGUCAUCUGCAGGGAGCACCGCAGCCUGUGUGAUCCUGGGCAUGUGCUUCCUGGUGGGUACACCUGGGAACCUGCUGGUGGUGUGGACCAUCUUGAAGUAUGUGAAACAGCACUCUCACACGGUGCUGCUCAUCCUCCACCUGGCAGUCGCAGACCUUCUGGUGCUGAUCACCCUGCCGCUGUGGAUCUACUCGCUGGCCCGUUCCUGGGUGUUCGGAGAGGCCGUCUGCAAAGCCAUGGUGUACGUCAUCAAUGCCUGCAUGUACAGCAGCGUCUUCAUCAUCACCAUCAUGAGUGUGGGGCGCUUCCUGGCUGUCAGGUACCCUUUGAAAAUGCUGUAUUGGCAAAAUAAGACAUCCAUGUCCAAAAUACUGGCAGUGACCUGGAUCCUGUCAUUCAUUUUGGGGAUUCCUGUCAUCCUGACUCAGUAUCUAGAUGUUGAUGACGAUGGAGUGAAACACUGCUUGUACCGGGACUACAGCUCUGUGUCUUUUGAAGUCUUUUGUAUUUGUUUAGAGACUCUUCUUGGCUUUAUCAUUCCAUUUUUCACACUUGCGAUCUGUUACUGUCAAGUUGCCGCACAGCUCCGCAAGGUGCGCUUUAAGAUAAAGCAGAAAUCCAUCUUCCUCAUUGGUGGAGUGGUCGUGGCCUUCAUUUUGUGUUGGUUACCCCACCACAUCCUCAAUAUCGUAGGGAUGGUGGUUCUUCUAGGACAAUUAGAUGAACUGUCUCCUAUCCCAAAUAGUGUUGUCAUCAUUUCUGGAGCUCUGGCUUUUAUCAGUAGCUCAGUGAACCCUGUGCUUUAUAUGUUUGCUUCCAGAAACUUCCAUGGAAAUCUAAGGAAGUUUGGGAUAGUAAAGCUGUUUCAAGACUUAGCAACACAAACACCCCAAACAAAAGAAGGCUUCUUACAGGAUUCUGGACUGCAUAAUGGAAAUAUCCUGGAAGAACAAACGAAUUGUGAAAAGAGGGAACUCGUGGAUCUCUGAGUAACUCAUUAGAAGUUUAGAUUUUGUUUUUAAUGGUCAAAUUUAUUGAAAUGCCAUAAUCAAGUUGUUUUAAAUGUAUUGUUUUUUUAUUGAUCAGAGUUGUUCAAAUUCCUUUUGUGGUCAAAAUUGUUUUAAUGCCAUAGUUAUGUAAGACUUAAUAAAGAGGUA